AUGGCGAGCUCGCUAGUGCAGACCUGCCCGCGCAGGGGUUUUCCUCCUCCAUAUCCGGCUAGUCAGUCCGCGCAGGGCUCCCACGCUGGCCAAGAAUUUCCCCCUGGCUCUACGACGGGGGAUAUACCGCCCCAACUCGGUCCCCGAAGCCCGCGCGGCUGUACAAGCUCCCGCGGAAGCGUUACACAACACUGGAUCAGCUGCGAUCAGCUGUGUUUGAGUGCCAAAAAGAAAACGCGGGGAAAGGCUUGUGGAAAGUGGAAAGCAGCGAGAGUGGAAGGCGUCUGCUGGGAAGAGAGGCUGGAGUUCCCCCCUCCCCCCUGUCCACCGGUUCCUGAGGCGGCCUGGGUUGCCAAAAAACUUUUGGGCGUCCGGGGCCUAGUGGAGCCGAAGCCAGGAACGAUCCGGGAUACCUGACACGCUUAACCGGCUUAAAAGGAUAAUUUAGCGGAGCGCGGUGAAAAACACAACUUCC